AUGUCUUUCACAUUCUCAGCGUUCACUUAUAUCGUGGCCAUGAUAUCAGAUGCAUUUUUAUUAUUUUCAAUAUUCCAUAUAAUUGCAUUUGAUGAACUUAAAACUGAUAGCAAAAAUCCAAUAGAUCAAUGUAACAGCCUAAAUCCAUUAGUGAUUCCUGAGUAUAUGCUACACUUCUUCUUCAAUAUUUUGUUUUUGUUUGGAGGCCAAUGGAUUUCAUUUGCUAUUAAUAUACCAUUAAUGGCUUAUCAUAUAAAAAGAUAUCAUAACAGGCCAGUUAUGUCUGGUUUUGGUCUCUAUGAUCCUACAAGUAUUAUGAAUGCUGACAAAUUGUAUACAUAUCAACGUGAGGGUUGGAUAAAAUUAUCGUUUUAUCUGUUUUCGUUUUUCUAUUACUUAUAUGGAAUGAUACGGGCAUUGAUAACAGUUUAAACCAAAGUUACUUCUAGCAAAUUUCUUCUUUUCAUAAUAUGUUUUGUACAUAUUUGUUCAUUUUUUAUCGGUAUAAAACAGCUAUUUUUUAUUUAAGUCUACCUCAGUAUAUAUAUUUACAUGUUAUGGGCAAAGUAAGAAAUUUAGGCAUUGUAUAACAAUAUCCAGGCACUGUGCAAAAUGGCCUAAUAUUUUAAUAAUAUUAAUUCAUCAGUUGUAAGAACCCAAUUGGAUACCUAAUAGAUUUAAAAACUAAUAUUUGAAACGUCUAUUUCAGAUUUUUUUUUUGAUUAUUUGUACCCUGUAAAAUUGUUUAUUUAAUUUUUAAUAUAGGUAUUUAUUCUACAGUGUUCAAAUUUAAUUAUACAAUGUUAACUUAUUCUAACUUUGCCCUUGUGCACAGUGCCCGACUUCCUACUGUGCCUGUAACAUAUAUAUUAUAUACAUGUAUAUAAUAUACUAUAUAGAAAAUUAUUCAAACAGAAUGUAACCACAUAACAGCACAAUUGUUUUAAUUUGUUUUAUUGUAUUUAGUGACAUAAACAAAAAAAUGUGAAAAAAUCAUUUUUUGAUUUAUUAUUUUAUAAGUUUUGUUUAUGUGUAUUACGAAAUAUUUUAUAUUUACAAUAUUAAAUUUUUUAUAAUAGAUGUGAAAAAAAAUGUUAAGUUAUUGUGUAUAUUUUUGGGAUGUAAGGAAAAAGAACCAAUGGUAUUUGUUUAUUUUGUUGCCUUGCUACUCAUAUAAUAGUAGUAUUGUACGCUUGAUAUAUAUAUAAAUACCAGAGUCCACCAAGUCCAUAGUACCUUUAAU